AAACAGAAAUAAGCAACACAUUUCAGUACAAGCAAAAUAUUUAGAAAAUCCUGGUGACUCCUUCUUACCUCAUGCAAUUCAAGAAGGAAUAAAUAUGGUAGACAGUGCUAUACAUCAUACAAUGAAGAGGGAAAUAGAUGUCAGUAAACUGCCUUCUUCUACUGAAUUGCUGUCCUUUUCCAAGAGGCCAGAACCUGAGAGCAAAAAGAUUUCAAGAGCUGCUGAGAUCAUGGAAAUGUCAGUGUAUCUGAUCCAAAAGGCGGUGCACCAGAAAUAUAAGAGAUCAACCAAUUCCACUGAUCUCCUUUCGCUUGAAGUAUUGAAUGCUCUUGCAACCACUUCGGGAUGUUUGCCUCAUGUACAGCCUCUAACUUGCUCCAACAGUUGCUUCAUCCAAAAAUAUAGAUUGAUAAAUGGAACUUGCAACAACAGAAAUAAUCCCAGAUGGGGAAGCUCAAACAUUGCUCUUGCUCGGUGGCUUCCCCCAGAAUAUGAAGAUGGAUACAGUCAACCCAAAGGAUGGAAUCCUGAAUGCUUGUACAGAGGUUUUAAGUUACCCAUUGUCCGAGAUAUAACCAACAAAAUUCUACGUACAUCUGUUCAGACCAAUAUGACUGAAGACCAUCUCUAUUCACACAUCCUAGUUGAGUGGGGUCAAUACAUUGACCACGAUUUUGCAUUCACGCCUCAGAGCAUCAGUCUAGCUGCCUUUGUGGGAGGAGUGGACUGUAGGAAUACAUGCCAGAAUCUCAAUCCCUGUUUUCCAAUAAAGGUACAUCAAAGUGAUCCCCGCUUCAAAAUUAAUGAAUGCAUCACAUUCUAUCGCUCCUCACCAUCAUGUGGAACAGGACAUCAGGAAAUGCCCUUUGAGACUCUAAACCCUCGACAACAAAUCAAUGCAGUAACUUCCUUUAUUGAUGCUUCAACUGUCUACGGGAGCACUGCAGCUCAAGCAACAAAGCUAAGGAAUCAUUCAAGUGAGGAGGGUCUCCUUCUCACUAAUGCAAAAUACAAGGAUGGCAGCUAUGAACUGUUGCCUUUUGUAGAUCAGGUUCCAUCUCCAUGUCUACAAGCGCCUAAUGCUACUCACAGUGAAAGAGUAGAAUGUUUUCUGGCUGGAGAAGGCCGAGCAAAUGAAGUUCUUACUCUUGCUUCAAUGCACACGUUAUGGAUGCGUGAGCAUAAUCGCUUAGCAAAGGCCCUGCACAGGAUGAACUCUCACUGGAAUUCAGAAACUCUAUACCAAGAGACACGUAAAAUUAUUGGCGCACUGCAUCAGAUUAUUACAAUGAGAGACUACAUUCCGAAAAUCCUUGGCUCUCAAGCUUUUGAUCAACGACUUGGAAAGUAUCAUGGAUAUGAUGAAACGCUGAAUCCCACAUUAUCCAAUGUGUUCUCAACUGCAGCUUUCCGUUUCGGUCAUGCAACUAUCAGUCCUAGGAUACAAAGAUUGGACGAAAAUUUCAAGGAGCAUCCCAAGUACCCGAGUAUAAAUCUGCAUAACAGCUUCUUCAGUCCUUGGAGAAUCAUAAAAGAAGGUGGUUUAAGUCCCUUGUUCAGGGGGCUGCUGGCUAAACCAGCAAAACUACAAACUUCGGAUCAAAUGAUGAUUGAAGAACUGACAGAGAAAUUAUUCACUCUGACAAGUGCUGCAGCAAUGGAUCUGGCAUCGUUAAACCUGCAACGAGGGCGUGACCAUGGGCUUCCUGGAUACAAUGACUGGAGGGAAUUCUGUGAGCUGGAAAGAUUAGAAACUAAAGCCAAUUUAAGGAAAGCAAUAUCUGAUUUAGAUUUAGUUGAAAAGAUAAUGGAUCUCUAUGGGCAUCCAAACAAUAUUGACAUCUGGCUUGGUGGCUUAGCAGAAGAUUUUCUCCCUGGAGCCAGAAUUGGUCCAUUAUUUGCUUGUUUAAUUGGAAAACAAAUGAAAACUUUAAGAGAAGGCGAUAGAUUUUGGUGGGAAAAUCCAGGUGUCUUUACAUCAGCUCAAAGAUACGAACUUGCCCAACAUUCACUGUCCCGUGUCAUUUGUGACAACACCGCAAUCACAGAGAUGCCCCUGGAUGCCUUCCGGUUAGAGCAGUACCCACAAGGUUUCAUGCAGUGUGAUCAAGUUCCUGGAUUGAACCUUCAGGCAUGGCACGAUAGUCCUCAACAAGUCAUAUCAUGUGGACCUCCACCACCAAUAGAAGACGGAGCAUUUGUACUGUGCACUAAUUCUGGAGUAUCAGUUGUUUCAUAUAUUUGUCAUCAUGGCUUUCACUUGUUUGGACCAGAGGAGUUGGCCUGCACUGUCAAUGGAUGGAGCAGUGAUUCACCAGUCUGCAAAGAUAUUAAUGAAUGUGAAGAUGCUACAAGGCCUGCUUGUCACAGCUCUGUAACCUGUGUGAACACCAAAGGAAGUUACAUGUGUAUCUGCUCUGACCCUUACGUUAUUUCAGAAGAUGGACACGGCUGCAUUGAUAAUAAACUACAGAAAUAACUCUCUGUACGAAUGUCAUUGAAAGAAAAACACACCGUUCAGAUUUUCUUAUCAAU